CACUCUCUCUUCCUCCUGUCUCGCUCUCGUCAGUGAAACAAAGAAGAGCGGAAAGGAACGACGAGAUGGCGAGGGAGAACCAGGACGUUCAAGAUAACAUCCCCACUUCCACCGCCGACGCUCCUUCCGCCGCCAAGCAGCCGGCUCCUGUCACAAAGGGCACGGACAGCCAAGCCGUCCUCAAGAGGUUGCAGUCUGAACUAAUGGCAUUAAUGAUGGGUGGAGAUCCUGGCAUAUCGGCCUUCCCCGAGGGAGACAACAUCUUUUGCUGGAGGGGAACGAUCACUGGCAGUAAGGACACAGUUUAUGAGGGCACGAUCUACAAGCUCUCUCUUGUCUUCCCCACUGAUUACCCAUUCAAGCCUCCAAAGGUGAAGUUUGACACUAUCUGCUUCCAUCCAAAUGUGGAUCUCUCCGGCAACAUCUGCUUGGAUAUUCUUCAGGAUAAGUGGUCGUCUGCGUAUGAUGUUAGGACCAUAUUACUUUCAAUCCAAAGUCUUUUGGGUGAGCCAAACAAUGACUCUCCCCUCAACACCCAGGCAGCAGCUCUUUGGUCCAACCAAGAAGAGUUCAGGAAAAUGGUGGAGAAGCUGUACAAACCAACUUAGUCUGUGGGAACAUGGAUUUGAAGAUUCAUUUGGUUUCUAUGCUUUUUGCUCAUGGAUGGCUUUUCAAUUUACAAGCUAUACAGAUUGUUCUUGAGCGUCGAGUGCACUUUUAAGAUUGUCAAAGAGGAUGCCUGAAAUAUUCAAUUUUGUUUUGUGUUCUCAUUGUUUUACAUAUUGUUUAUUUAAACUGGUAGAACUCAAUGGAUGAACUAUUCGAUCUUGAGCUAAAAGAUAAUUGCUGAAAUGGACUGUUGUUCUAUUCGAUCUUGAGCUAAACUAAUGGCUGAAAUAUUCAAUUU